UCGCUUCGAGGGCCGGCAAAGGCCGGGGCAUCUGCCCGCAAUAAAGAUGGCGGCCGCGACCUGGUCAGCGCUCCUCCGGCCUCCCGGCUGGGGCCUCCUCAGCAUCUGCGGGGGCCGGAUCCGGGGGCUGGGCGCGUGGCCUGUGCGGGGCUCGCCCGCUGCUCCCUCAUCGUCCCCUGCUGCAGCUGCCCGCCGACGGGCCUUGACGCUGGGGGCCGGAACGCGACAGCAGGAGCCCGCAAAGUCUGCGGCGCACUACAGGCUGGUGUACACGUGUAAGGUAUGCGGGACACGAUCUGCAAAACCUAUUUCCAAGGUGGCUUAUCAUCAGGGAGUUGUCAUAGUGAAAUGUUCAGGGUGCAACAACCAUCAUGUGAUUGCUGAUAACUUGGGCUGGUUCUCUGACUUGGAUGGAAAAAGGAACAUAGAGGAAAUCCUCGCAGCUAAAGGAGAGAGAGUGAGGCGGGUGGCAGGCGAAGACGCUCUUGAACUCUUGCUUGAAGACCCCAAACUGGUGGAACUUCUGAGUAAAGGCGAGGGAGAAAAAGAUCCAGAGUGAUCGGAACAGAUGUCUUCAGUCGAAACCAGAAGUAAACAACGAAAAACUCCACUAAUUACACCUUUUUGGAAGCAAUGCUUUGUGAGGUCCCUUCAGCUGAGUUUUUUCCAUCUUCUGGAUUGCGGGAUUGUUGAUACUUGAGAAAUGCUUUUUUCUGGCUGCACAGGAUGAAGUCUAGCUAUUGAACGUGAAUUUUUUGUACUCUCUUCUUGUAGGACAUGGCAGACAAGAUGCGACUGAGAUGUGCGGCUGCACCCGUGUGGGGACUUGCCUUCAGCCUGCUAAGGGGCCGCCUGUGGCUUUCUUGGGGCAAGAGAAAGAACCCUACGCAAGGCAUUCCAGGGAGGGGAUCGCAUUUUCUUUUGGGUUCGUUGUGUAGGUGCAUCCUGAUAGGCCGACCAAUUAGGAAGAAACAAACGUCAGCUAAACCAAAAGAAUAAGUCCAGGCUCCCUGCAGUUAAUGUGGCUCUAGUACGCCCUCGUCGGGCUUGGCAUGCUGUUAGGUUUCUUCCCUCCUUGUUCCAGAAGGCAGGACAAGAAGCAGGGGGUUUAAAUUACAAGGAGGUUGAUUCUGGCAGACAUUGGACUAAGAGUGUCUUCAGAUGGCCAUUUACCACCAAGUAGGAAAAGCCUCUGGUGGGUCGGAGGAAACAUCCUGGGGUUUGAAACGUUCUGGAUGGAAGCUCACCGUGGCUUAACUGGAAAUUUGGGCUUGAUGAUCGACGUGCUGAGCCACCUCUCCCCACUCCAGCAAAGGAAAAGACGGAGGGGAACGAGCUGGCCAAAUGUGAGGCUGGGAAGGAGGAGAAGGGAAGCGCGUGGCCCAGUUCGGCCCUGACUCGGCGUCAUGUUGUGGAUCCGAAAUGCCAGCUUACCGGAGCUCCCUGUCGCGAAUGGUUUGACGGCCAAUGUUUUCCAUCAUUAAGUCGCGCUCUGCUGCAGCGUUGAAUUGGUCGGGUGCUGAAGCCCGAGACACGUUUGCGAAGCUUAGUUGCUUUACAGAGGAAAGAGUAAUUGGCUAGGCUGGCCCAGUAUUCAAAGACACAAACUGCUUGGCAAACUACAGUGGCUACUUCCAUAGUAUCACACUGCAACUUAUGAAGACCCAGGAACAUAGCUUGUCUUUUGUGGGAGCUGGUGUUGUGCUGAGGUUUAUAUAUCGCCCAUACUUUGCACAAAUGGUCAAAAAAGUCAAGAUGGUGGUGGUGGAGGUGUGAUAAAAGCUCCCAGGAGCUUCAGUAGCGCCGUCACUGCCGCCAUCUUGACCUUUUUGGCCACCGCCUGCAGACACCCAAUUCACCCUCUUGGCUGCAGGGAUGGCCAACCGCACUUCCAGGUCCCAUCUCUUCCCCGGUGGCUGCAUAUGCUGCCCCCCUUUACUGGCUCAUCUGGCUGAGUUGAACUAGCAACGAAAGCGGGCUGAUUCGUGAUGGAGAGGGUCUGCCUAGUGCUCAGGAAUGGGCAAGCUGCACAAUCAAGGCCACGCUAGCCUUGCUCAGCCCCAUCCGGGGCCUUCGCAAGGCCAAAGCCCUUUGAUUCAACCCACAGUUGGCUCCUUCAUCCCUGAACAGUCAUUUUCCUUCUCCCCACCAGGUGGCAGUAAUGCUGCAAACAGAAGAUGGUAGGGAAAGACUUCUUUCCGUAUUCAAAAAUACAUAUUAAAAGUGUUUUAAUAUUAGAAGGAUUGAUGCUUUUUCCUAUUGUGGCGUGAAGCUGAAUGUAGCAUGUCCUGCACCAGAGAACCUGAGUGGAUGCCAAGCUGCUGCA